CAAAGUCCACAGGACUCCGAUUUCAUAUUUUCUCGAUCAUCUAAUCCCCAAUUUCACUUUGUAUUCUGCAUCCCAAACCCUAGACUUCAAUCUGUGUUCAAUCAUUCUGCUCAGUUCGUGAUCUGCUCGAUUACUCACCCCUGAGAUGGAGGAUGGAGACAAGCAUCUGUGUUCAGCUGCAGCAUUCGUGGCAGGUGGAGUUCAGGAUGCCUGUGAUGAUUCCUGCAGCAUAUGCCUUGAACCGUUUUGUGAUAGUGAUCCUUCAACAGUAACUGUUUGCAAGCAUGAAUUCCACCUGCAGUGUAUCCUUGAAUGGGGCCAGAGAAGCUCACAAUGCCCCAUGUGUUGGCAGCCUCUUAGCUUGAAAGAUUUGAACAGCCAAGAAUUAUUUGAUGCAGUAGAGCAAGAGAGGAACAUGAGAAUGAAUCCCCCCAGGAACACUACAAUUUUUCAUCAUCCCGCUCUAGGGGAUUUUGAGUUGCAGCAUGUUUGUAUUAUUUUUACUGAUAUUGCACUAAAGUCCUAUUAAGUUGCAUGCUAAAUACUCGUUCUUUCUCACAAAGAGAACCCACCAUUUCAUUUUGAUCUGUAUCAUUAAGAUAGUUCAGUUUCUUCAUAAAAUAAUAACCCCCCUCCCCCCACCCCCACAAAGGUCUGGUCAAAUUACAAGAUUGCUCCUAAAGUUUAUGCAAGUUCAUUAGUUUUUUUAGCAGAGCUUUUAUUGGGGAAAUGAUCAAACAUCCGGAGAUGUAGAUGUAAUUAACUAUUUAUUGGGGUAUUUAAUUUUGUAUUUCUUAGUUUAUUUCGUCCACAUUAGAAUUUAAUAUCAGUAUACCACUACAAACUUACGUGAGAAAUUGUUAACUUCACACGUUGUAAAUAGGGGAAACCCAUUCAUAAUUAACUGUUUCGACUAACUUGUCAAAUUUCAUCUCUUUAAUGUUUGAUUGUCCUAACUUGUUUUUCUGUUUUCUUGAGCCGAGGGGUCUUUCACUUUCUAACUUUAUAGGUAGCAUAAAGUUUGUGUACACCCACCCUCAUAGACCCCAGUGUGGGGUCUUACUAUUGUUGCUGUUAUUCAAAAAGAUAGUGGACUAUCUUUGUGAGAUUUAGAGUCUAUAUUAUUGGUGUUUAUGAUUAUAAUAUGCAGAUUUCUUGUUGCAGUUACCCGUCAGUGCCACUGAUUCUGACCUUGAAGAGCGUAUUAUUCAGCACCUGGCUGCUGCAGCAGCCAUGGGUAGGGCACGUAACCUUGUCAGGAGGGAAAGUCAAAGGCCUAGAACAUCUACUCAAGUUGCAGAAGGCUCUGCCCAAUUGAUUACGACACCGCUCCCGUCCCAGAUGAAUCAGAAUCCUGCUGCUGGAUUAGGUGGCAGUGGUGGUGUUAAUUUGGUUGGAAGCUCUCCAAAUAGUAGGUCUCCACCCUCGUCUCCUAGUAACCAAGACGGAGUUGGACCAUCUGAUUUCCAGUCUCUCUCAGAAUCUAUAAAAUCACGAUUUAGUGCCAUGUCAAUGAGAUACAAAGAAUCUAUCACAAAGAGCACCAGAGGUUGGAAGGAAAGAUUAUUCUCUCGGAAUAAUAAUAAUAAUUCUACUGAAGGAAGAAACGAGGCAGGCACCGAUGCUCCUACUGUAUCACACGUGAUCUCAAAUGGAAUGGAUGGGAAUAUGACGCCAGAUAGUGCGGGGCAUCGCCAGAUUUCAGCAGUUGAUGGCAAUCAUUCAUUGACCCAGGGUCAUAGGGAAAAUCCAUAUACUGCAGGGUCCGUUUCAGACUAAUAACUUUUUUGCAAUGUGAAGUCGUGCACGAUGAAGAAUCUUCUCUCUAAGGAGUGAUGUUUUUGCCUGUCAUCUGGUCCUUUGGUUAGUUUAUACCCGCAUUUCAAUUGCAAUAGCCUGCUGCAAUAAGAAAGAAGAAUCCCGUUUGGGUGUUCAACUGUUGGGCCAGUAUAUGUACGUAUACCUAGCGCAGAUAUGUAUAAUGUAAAUGUUUAAUGAUGUGGUCAACCUUAAGUUGGAUGGACUCAAAAAGUAAUAUUUUUUUGUGUCAAAUUCAAUCAAAAUUGCAUGUGAUUUCAGUCUCUU